GUAGCAACCUAUAACUGAUUGCUGGACCAAUUCGUCUGGAACGGUAUAGAAAAAAUCACCAAAAAAUGUCUAACAGCUCGAACUCGAACCUAGAAUUAUUGUUCUUUGAGUCCUGCCGGUCGUUGUUGAUAAUUGAAUUUCCGGAAAUUUUAACCGUAAUUGAGAAACAUUCUCUCGCGACAGAGUCAUCAACGGAAGCGAUUGAAACUGGCUCUUUUUGGAAUGGGUUUGUAGGAUUUGUGACUGCCUUCACGAUUGUCAUGGUGCUUGGAUUGAUCUCGAUCUGGAGCUGUGUUAUUUGCAAUCCUCUGGUAAUAUUCACUAAAUUCAAGUAUUUCAAGAUGUUAUCCCAAGUGCUGUGUUCAGCUCCCCAAAACCACGAUGCUGAAAUUUUCGAAAUUGGCCAGGAAUUGAUCCAGGAAUGGCAGCAGCUAUUCCACAAGGCCAAGCUCAUCGAUUCCAUGAUGAUCAAACGGGCGCUCAAGAAUCAAAAUUCUCAGAUGAAAAAUUUGUCAUACCUGCGCAGAAACUUCUCUCGAAAUUCGUUCAAAAUUGGUCACUCGAGUCACUCCCACGGUGGGAGCUCGAGUGGAAGUUCACCCGAGGCCAAGUCGAUUGACUUGUCACGUGUGGUUUCGACCGAUGAGCUGCUAGCAAUGAAGAAAAAUUUGAUGAGUGCCAGAACCAAGCUGAAGUUUGUGCCAACCAGGGACAAGCCCACGAUCGUUACCACUGAGGAACUGCUGAAGCUGAAACAAACUUGCAAUGUUAUUGAGGAAACUGAUUGUUAA